AUGACCGGGACGCUCGUGCCGCCAUGGUUCGAAAAGUACAAUGUCACCCGGCUCGACAUGUCCGUGGUGAGCAUUGUCUGGGGAAUCAGCAUCGGAUGUUCCAUGUUCUGCGUCGCCACUGCCAUCAACCAGACUCUCAACACGUGGGCACGAUCCCACCGGAUAACCGCCUACAUUAUCAUGGUGUGGAUCGAGAUAGUUGUGUCUAUCACCAUCGGCAUAAUAUCAUGGCUAUACAUGAGGAGCACCAUUGGGCCGAGCUUUGAAUUCUUCUUCUUCGUACUUUGCCUCUGGGUCAUCCAAAUCCAAGUCCUCCUCCAGAUCAUUGUCAACCGCAUCGCACUUCUCCUCCCUGACCCACGCCAAGUCAACAAGAUCAAGUGGUCCGUGGCGGCUUACGUUGGCGUUAUUAACCUUUCUGUUUUCUGCAUCUGGAUACCGGCGCAGCUGCAGCGGUCCCAGACCUACGUCAGCGUCAACCACAUUUGGGACCGCGUCGAGAAGGUCAUGUUCCUAAUCAUCGACGCCGGCCUCAACAUCUACUUCAUGUGGCUGGUGCGCCGCAAUCUGAUCGCCAAUGGCCUGGACAAGUACAAGAUCCUCUUCUGGACCAAUGUUGCCCUCGACUUCUUUUCCAUUUUUCUUGACCUCGCCAUCAUCCUCUCCAUGUCCUUCCACAACCCUUUCAUCUACGUCCAAUUCCACCCGCUCGCCUACAUCAUCAAACUCUCCAUCGAAAUGUCCCUCGCCGACCUCAUCGCCAAGGUCGCCCGCGCCUCCUCCGACCGCCACGUCCUCGACGAGCUCGAAGGCAUCAACUGCUACGACCUCCCUGUAGCCCCCGCCAACGGCCGCCCCAACCACCGCAGCAAAGGAAACACAUCCAACACGACCAACACCUUCACCACCGACACGACCGCCACCACCGCAUCGAACAUCAGCAAAUACCACUACCCGGCGGCCAAGCUCUCCAAAAUCGGCGCGCCGUCCUUCACGAGCGAGGUCUUGAGUGACAACAACAACCAUUACGGCAGGAAGUCGGACGACCUGGAGAGUGGCAUCACCAAAAAGGUGGCCGUCGACGUGCGGCGGAGCGGUGCCAGCCAGGCUGAAGACGUUGACGCGAUUGCGGUAGCGCCGAGGCCGCAAUCGGGCAUGGAUGCGGUGGACAGGGUGACGAGCCAGAAUUCGGAGCUCGUUGGGGAUCGGGACAGCCAGCGGUGGUUGAGGAGGGAGAGUGCGAGGCCGCGGGUGAAUGAAGACGAGGAGGAGGAUGAGGAGGAUGAAGGAGAGCUCGAGAUGAUGAGGAAGGCAUACAGCUAUACGAACUGA